AUGACGAAGCAGCAUCAGCAACACCAGCCGGGAGCGCAACAGCCCCAGUCCCAGCACCAGCACCAGCACCAGCCGCAGGGCGGCAGUACCCAGCAAGAAAGUAGAUCACCCAGCUUGGCAUAUCCCCUAGGAGCUUCUAGCGUUGGCGCUCCGCCGUCAGAUGCCAACUCUGCCGCCAUGCCUAGCACCGACCAGGGGAGUGAUGAGGGCAACCCCGUCCCCAGCCCCGAUGACCUUGACCACGAAAAUGAAGACAACGACUCGGUCCGUCUUGGAAAGCGCAAGCGACCGCUCUCUGUGUCGUGUGAACUCUGCAAACAGCGAAAGGUUAAAUGCGAUCGUGGACAACCUGCCUGUGGUUGGUGUAGUCGCAAUGGAGCACUCUGCGAAUACAAGGAACGAAAGAAGCCUGGCCUUCGAGCUGGCUACGGGAAGGAGCUUGAGCAGCGCCUCGAUAGGCUCGAGGAGAUCCAAAGGACCCAUUCCCAGAUUCUCGAGGCCUACAUGGCCGCUACCGCUUCUACCAGCGGAGCAAACAUCAAUACCCUCGCGUCAAACACCCCUAGCUUGCGCCUCAGCAACCCUAGCGUCCCGAGCGUGACGAGUGAACAAGGCACACCGAGAGAGCAGGGCCACUCUUCCUUGUUUAGGCAUCCAGAUCCGAUGCAGAGUUCUCACCAUGGCGAGGCUAGGGUGUUCCUGCAACCGAAACCACAGGGGUUUCAACCUGCGAAUCCAGUCAGCUUUACAGGCCUAGGCCCAUCCGCGUCAGUGUCAGCGCCAUUACACGAUGGUUUUCAAGCCCAACACCCAGAGCAAUCACAUACAGUGGCAACCGCAACCGCAUCCCAGCAGCAGAAUCAACAGCAACAUAACCAGGAUUAUUAUUCGCGUGGCGAUGUGAAAGUCCACCCCUCUAGUCUUCUCACACAACCGUCAGAUACCCCCGCCGCCGGACCUGAACAGGAACUACCUCCAUACGAUUUGCUUUACGCCCUGGUUGAGCUCUACUUUAAGCAAAUCCACACAUGGUGUCCGAUCCUACACAGAAAGACGACGUUUGAUGCAUUCUUUGGUGGCCACACAUCACUCGAUGAGGCUGACCGCGUCCUUCUUCAUGCCAUUGUGGCGACGACACUUCGUUUCUCCCAAGACGCUCGACUAACCGAGGACAGAAAACGCCAUUACCACGAUCUUUCCAAAAGAAAAGUGCUGCUCUACGGCUUGGACAACUUAUCUGUGAAAUCCCUACAGGCACUUGUUAUCCUCGCCCUCGAUUUAUUUGGUAGUAGCCACGGCCCACCGAGUUGGAAUAUCAUGGCCUUGAUUACGAGGGCGGUUGUGCAAAUCGGACUCGCCGUCGAGAGCUCUCCCUUGACUGUCGCGCCCAACCUUCCAUCUAUAUCCACGUUACGUGCUACUAUCCUCCCUGAGCCGAGAGACUUCAUCGAGGAAGAGUCCCGGCGGCGGCUCUUUUGGAUGGUUUAUCUUCUAGAUAGGUAUGCCACGAUUGUUACGGCAUUUGACUUCGCGCUCGGGGAUAGGGAUAUCGAAAGGAAAUUGCCCUGCCGAGACGAGUUGUGGGCGAAGAACCAAAAAGUCGAGACCCGGUGGUAUCUGAGGGGCCAAACUGCUGGAGAUGGCGUUAUUGAGCAGGGCUUGGGGCGACCGGAGAACCUUGGAGCAUUUGCGUACUACAUUGACAUUCUGUCAAUCCUAUCUCAGAUCCACCUCUUCCUCAAGGAACCUGUGGAUAUCAGCGCUGGGCCCGACGUAGAACGGUGGCAGAGACGAUAUAAAGAGCUUGACUCCCUAUUAUCUCAAUGGCAGGUUGGCUUGCCCGCUGAAUUCGGCAGCAUGGGGUGCCAAUCUGCAGCGAAUAAAGCUGCCGCCUGUUCGUGGGUCAUGCUCCAGACAACUUUCCACACGACGGUUAUCCGGCUCCAUUCAUCCGCGGCAUAUCCCACUAUGCGAUCCGCAAUAUUUGCGCCCUCCUAUGGAGCGAUGCAGCGUUGCCAGGUAGCAGUUGAGAAUAUUGCAGCCAUAUAUGAAUACGUGAACUCGAACGGCCUGCUCGACAAGCUAGGUCCGCCGUUUGCAUUUAGUCUGUGGGUUGCGGCGCGCUUGCUCCUAGUGCACGCGUCGACGAUGGAGCAUCCCUUGUCGCCGAAUAUCGCGGUCUUCCUCUCGGCGCUUCGCGAGAUGGGACGCUACUGGCAGGUCGCAAGCAGGUACUCUCAGCUGCUUCAGAGGGUGCUUGAUGAAUAUAGAGAUAGCGAGAGGAAGGGUGACGGGGUGACACCCAAGUCGGUCAAGAUCCUCGCUGAUAUGAGGCGCACGGCGUUUGACCUCGAGUGGCUCAUUUCACACCAGCCACGACACCCCCCGCCAAGUGCCUAUGCUGGGAAUGGUGGUGGUGGUGCUGGCGGUAGCGGGCUAAGCGGCGCACCAUCCCGCAUGCCCAGCCUCACUCCCGCUAGAACUCCGGCACCAAACGAGCUGGAAUACCUGGACGUGUUUAACUGGUUCAACUACCCGAGAGUGCCGCCGGGAGGCGAAAACGCUCUUUACCCGAUGGCCCAUGGAAUGGUGGAUGCUGCGGCUGCCGGCGGUGGCCUGGCCGGCGGGACGGCGGCGAACGGAAGUGGCGGGGACGGGCACGGAGGCGUCAUUCCUGUCACGGCGGAGUACAUCAACUUCGGCACUUAUGCCGUUGAUGCCACUAGGGAUUGGUUAGGAGUAUGA